CAUGAGGUGGCAGUGAAUGAAGCGUCGAACACGGAUUACGGAUCAUUAAUGGUCAUUCUGAUUCUGUGCUUAUUCUUUUGUGCCGCAGUUCGUCAUCUAAACGAUUUCUACUCUGGCGAUACCGUCACACUGGUUGAAGAAGGAACGUGGAAGGGACGAUUCAGGCAUCGUCCGCAGUUCAUGUAUUUGCGCAAGAUUCAGGACGAUUUCAACGAUAUGAUGGAUCAACUUCGCGAAAUUGACGAUAGAGUCUGGGAAAUGAAGAGUGCAGCUAAUCAAGAAUAA